AUGGGCGCUGCGUGGCUCUGCCUGCUCUGCGCAGCCAGCGCCGGCCUCGUCCCGCUGGGCACUGGGGGGGAGCAACGGCUGUGGGCAGCCCCACGUCGAGAGGAGCCGGAGCUGCUCCUGCCCCGCGGGGUCGAUGCCAGAGGUGCCGGCGUUGAGGCGCUGCAGGAGGUGCUGGAGAAGCUGCGGAGCCGGGAGCUGCCGCCGACGGCCAAGAAGCCGGGCAGGGUGCCCUCGUGCCAGCUCGGGGAGCCCUGUGCUGUGCGGGUGGGGGCUCGCUUUGGGAAGCGCUGCAGCUGCCCCCCCGGCACCGCCUGCAACCUUUACAUCCUGCGGUGCGCCUAAGGGCUGGGGACAGCACGGAUGCUGCCGGGAUGCUGCUGGCUGUGCCAUGUGGCGUGGAAGGGUGGCCACGCGCCCCGGCCCCCUCCCCACACGGAGAUGCGCUCCUCUCCCCUGAUCUGAGUGCCUUUACAAACCCUUGGGGGCCGCAUUAAAGCACUUUGGACCCGUGGCUGUUGCCUGCUCUGCUCUUUGGGGGUUUCUGUGAUGCCACCCUGGCU